AUGGAAGAUUAACUUGCGCACAGGUGAUGUGAAGAAAGGUAUUCCACAGAAAGUUCUAAGGUAUUUUCCCAUAAUCCCACGGCUGAAGAGGAUGUUCAGGUCAGAGGACGUGUCAAAGGACUUGAGGUGGCAUUUUACUAAUAAGAGCACUGAUGGAAAAAGCAGACAUUCGGUUGAUUCUGUUACUUGGAAUCAAAUGAAUGACAAAUACCCUUCAUUUGCCGCUGAAGAAAGAAAUCUUCGGCUUGGCUAUCCACAGAUGGGUUCAAUCCUUUCAACAUGAAGAAUGUGAACUACAGUUGUUGGCCUGUUUUGCUUGUCAUUUACAACAUGUCACCUGAAAAGUGUAUGAAGGAGGAGAACAUCAUGUUGUCGUUGCUGAUUCCUGGUCCAAGCCAACCUGGUAACAAUAUUGAUGUGUACUUAGAACCGCUUAUAGAGGAUCUAAACCACCUGUGGGAGAAAGGAGAGUCAACGUAUGAUGCAGUCAGCCACACCACUUUCACAUUAAGAGCUAUGCUUCUCUGGACUAUUCAGGAUUUUCCAGCAUAUGGGAAUCUUGCAGGCUGCAAAGUAAAGGGCAAAAUGGGUUGUCCUGUGUGUGGAAAAAAUACAGACAGUAUGUGGUUGAGUAACUGUAGGAAGCACGUUUAUAUGUCCCAUCGGAAAGGUCUUCCUCCCACACAUCCUUAUAGAGGAAAGAAAGCAUGGUUUGAUGGGAAAGCAGAGCAUGGGAAAAAGGGUAGAAUUCUGAGUGGUCAUAACAUAAGCCAUAUACUUAGAAAUUACAAGAAUGAUUUUGGAAAUGUGAAAGUAACUGGUAGGAAGAGGAAGAUUAAUGAGACGGUUGGAUCAGACUCCAAUACGGAUGAUGAAUCCAGUGAUUCAGAGGAAGAGGAAGAAGCAGUUGAUGAGGAAGAGCUAUCUAGAUGGAAGAAGCAGUCAAUCUUUUUCAAGUUGCCUUAUUGGGAAGUAUGUUUCUAAUCUGAAGAUAUAUCAGUUUUUCUUAAUUGUGCAGUCACCACCUUCCUUUGACACUAUUAUCUGUGUUUAUUUUGUCUAGGAUCUACCAGUUAGACACAACUUAGACGUUAUGCAUGUGGAAAGAAAUGUUGCUGCAAGCCUUAUAGCUACAUUGUUGCAUUGUGGAAAAUCAAAAGACGGUCUUAAUGCGAGAAAAGAUCUGGAAAUGCUUGGUUUUAGGAAGGAUUUACAUCCUCAACCCCGUGGGAAAAGAACAUACGUUCCUCCCGCUCCUUGGUCUCUGUCCAGCAAAGAGAAGAAAGUAUUCUGCAAGCGGCUAUCGGACUUCAGAGGUCCGGAUGGUUAUUGCUCAAAUAUAUUAAGGUGUGUGAAGUUAGAAGAAUCUAAGAUAUCAAGAUUGAAAUCACAUGAUUACCAUGUCUUGAUGCAACAGCUUCUCCCAGUUGCUAUUAGAGGUAUUAACUGAGUCUUUAAACUUUGUAAUAGUCAAGAUUAAGAUGUCCUGACUCUAUUCUCAAAUUAUAUUUUUGACAGGAUUAUUACCUAAAGGUGUUAGGAUAGCUAUUGGCCGCCUGUGUGCUUUCUUCCAUCAUCUCUGUCAGCGGGUAAUCGAUGUAGAGAAAAUUACAGUAUUGGAAACUGAAAUUGUGGAAACACUCUGCAUGUUUGAGAGGUUUUUUCCUCCAAGUUUCUUCGAUAUAAUGAUGCAUUUGGUAGUUCAUCUAGCCAGGGAAGCUCGGUUAUGUGGACCAGUUCAUUUCCGAUGGAUGUACCCAUUUGAGAGAUACAUGAAAGUGCUGAAAGACUUUGUAAGAAACCUUGCAAGACCAGAGGGUUGUAUUGCUGAAGCGUAUCUUGCAGAGGAAUGUGUUAGGUUCUGCAGUCAGUUCUUGAAAAAAACAACAAGUUAUGAGGAGAAACCUGAUAGAAAUACUGAGUUCGAGAGCAGCUCUAUUCUUGAAGGUCGUCCAAUAUCUGCAGCCACUUGUCGUGUUCUUUCUGAGAAGGAUAUGAAGAUUAUACAUCUUGCUGUGAUUCAGAAUAUGGCAAUCGUCGAACCUUAUGUGGACAUGCACCUACAGCAUCUACAGGACACUAAUGAAAAAUGUAGACGUGAUGCAACAACAUUAUGGAGACUUCAUUCACAAAAAUUUGCUUCUUGGUUAAAAGACCAGGUAAUUUUCAU